AUGUUCGAUGGCCACGGUGGUAUAAAUUCUAGACAAAAAGUAGCAAAAUAUAGUGAAGAAAAUCUUCAUGUUCGUAUCACAAAUGAUUCUAAGUUUAAGACAGAUAUUGGAAAUGCAGGAGAUUCUCUUGCUGUUCUCAGCGAGGAUGAUAUGGCAAUCCCAAUGUCAGAUGAUCAUAAGCCCAGUAAUCCAGAUGAAUCUGAUCGAAUUACGGAAGCUGGUGGAUUUGUAGAAUUUGGAAGAGUUAAUAGUAAAAACUUGGCAUUGUCAUGUGCUCUUGGUGACUUCGAAUUUAAGCAAAAUACAAAAUUAGGUGUAGAAAAACAAAUUGUAACAGCAUAUCCUGAUGUUAAAAAACACAGGAUUAAAAUUGAAUCUACAGAGUUUUUAGUCCUAGCCUGUAUAUGGGACUGCUUUAAAUCGCAAGAUGUGGUUAGCUUUAUUCGCAAAAACAUUGCUGAACAUAAUGAUCUCAAGAGAGCUUGUGAAGAUUUAAUGGAACGGUGUUUAUCUAAAACUGGUAAAGGCAUUGGCACUGAUAACAUGACUAUAAUCAUUAUUGGAUUUCUCUAUAACAAAACUGAAACAGAAUGGUAUAAAUGGAUGACAAGCAAAUAUGGUGAAAAAAGUUCUGAAUAUAAAGAAGACAGACUCCCAACAAACAAUAAUUAUGAUUAUAGUGAUAUUUAUUACGAAAAUAAUAAAUUUACAAUUGACGACUACUUGAGUAAAGAAGAUGAUUCAAAUAAAGAUUAA